AUGGCUUUCCGACUGCAUGCUCGGAGAGUCGUGGCCUCUGGCCGACGAUAUAUCUCAUCUGCACCAUCUGCAACGUCGAACCUGUCCCAGGAGGCUCAGCAGGCCAUUGCCCGAGAUGCGGCCUUAUCGCAUCCAGACCCCCAUGAGACGUCCGCCAGCGCUUCCUUAGUGAGCGGACAUCAGAAGUAUAUGCUAGCAACAUAUGCUCGGCCGCCUCCGGUGUUUGUGAAGGGUGAAGGAUCUUACUUGUAUGAUUUGGAGAAUCGAAAGUACUUGGAUUUCACAUCGGGUAUCGCCGUCAAUAGCCUUGGUCACAGUGACCCAGGUAUGGCGAGGAUAAUCGCAGACCAGGCCAAGACUUUAUGGCAUGCUUCGAAUCUCUACUACAACCCCUGGACUGGUGCUCUUUCAGAACUUCUGGUGCAGAAGACGCUAGAGUCUGGAGCUAUGCACGAUGCUGCCACAGUGUUCGUAUGCAACUCGGGAUCCGAAGCUAACGAGGCUGCGAUUAAGUUCUCUCGCAAAACCGGAAAGUUGCUGGACCCAUCCGGUGCUAAGCACGAGAUCGUCUCUUUCCACCAGUCUUUCCAUGGCCGAACAAUGGGAAGUCUGUCUGCUACGCCUAACCCCAAGUAUCAAGAACCUUUUGCGCCGAUGCUGCCCGGUUUCAAAUAUGGCACAUACAACGACAUCGCUGGUAUCAAGGACCUGGUCACUGACAAAACUUGCGGGGUCAUCAUUGAACCAAUCCAAGGAGAGGGAGGUGUGAACGUGGCAACGGAUGAGUUCUUGAUUGCAUUGGCCAAGCGAUGCCGCGAAGUUGGUGCUGUUCUCGUGUAUGACGAAAUUCAGUGCGGCAUGUCACGGACUGGUAAUUUCUGGGCACACGGACAUCUUCCCCAGGAAGCUCACCCCGAUGUCAUCACGACUGCUAAAGCUCUUGGCAAUGGUUUCCCAAUCGGUGCCGCCAUCGUGAACAGCAAUGUCAGCGAGAAAAUGAAGGUUGGCGACCACGGUACUACGUUUGGUGGCAAUCCGAUGGCUUGCCGACUUGCGCACUAUGUGGUCUCUCACUUGACUAAUCCUGAACUUCAAAAGGAUGUGAUCGUCAAGUCAGACAUCUUCCGCAAGAGGUUUGAUCAGCUCCGGCAACGUUUCCCCGACCUAAUCACUGAGGUUAGGGGUAAGGGUCUCAUCCUUGGUCUUCAAUUGACCCAAGAUCCUACCUCUAUCAUCAAGGCUGCUCGAGAAAGGGGCCUCCUCAUCAUUUCAUGUGGCACCAACACCUUACGUUUCGUGCCCCCAUUGACCAUUACUCCCGAGGAGAUCGAGAGCGGUCUGAACACUCUGGAACGAGCCAUUGAGUCGACUCGAUAG